AUGGGUGCCUUCCUAUCAUGGCUCGCAUACCCACCAGGCAAUCUCAAGGACGAACUCAUGGCUGAGAUCGAAAGGCGGGAAAGACAGAAUCGUUUGCCUGUUCGGGGCGGUUUCCUGACUUUGGAAUUUAUCGACGAGCUCUUUACCGUUGGAAACAUCGCUCAACAGCUUCGUGAGCACGAAGAAGUUCGACUGCUCCCAAAGAAAGAAAGAAUCCAGCUCGCUCAGUUCAUCAAGCAGAACCAGCAAAAGCUCUACGCUAUACUUCUUCUAAUGGACGAGUCACAUCACCUGAGCCUGAACAAUGCCAGAGCUUUCACGGACGAAAGCCUCUUCGAUAUCCCGGAGCCUGGCCUUGCCUCUCUACCAUGUGAUUUGGCGACUUUAGAAACAUUGCCAUUGUUCCGUGGCUUCGCUUCUGCUUUCUAUGAAAAGCAGUUCGUGUUUCCGCCAGGCCUACCAACCGGGAGGACUAUAUCUCACCCACCACACUUUAUAUUCCCAUUCGCCAACGAACGCGAAAGAGUCGGCUAUGGGUCUUUUGGUGAAGUAUACAAAGUGGAAAUUCCGAGUGGAUUUCUGCCACCUCAAGCGGAUGAAAAGGUCUCCAAGGUAUUUGCUAGCCCCAGGCAGACCCCAGGGCACUAA